UGUAUGUGUAGCAGGUUUGAGUUGCUGCGAGUCACUGGAUAUCCGUGUCGCUUGGAUUUUGUGUUGUGAAAAAGAAAGUAAAAAAAAAAAAAAAACGGAAAACAUGAAGGCCAUCAGCCCUGUUCGCUCGGUGAGAAGCUGCUACGAGGCUGUGUGUUGUAUUUCGGAGCAGAGUUUGUCCAUCAGCCGGAGCCGGAGUCCCAGCGAGGAGCCGGUUGGAGCUCUGAGCGACAUGAACGACUGCUACUCCCGCCUGAAGGAGCUGGUCCCGAGCAUCCCGCAGAAUAAAUCCGUCAGCCAGAUCGAGAUCCUGCAGCAUGUCAUCGACUAUAUUUUCGAUCUCCAGAUCGCGCUGGAAAGCCCUACAGGCGCUCCGGACAUGCUGAAGGCACUGAAGAGCUCAGACAUCAAGCACAGCCUGUCCAAAGAAAGUGAUGGAGCUCUGUGCCAUUAGAAGAGCGCGCGCCUCAACUUUUUUCCAUUGGUGCAGGACAGAAACUUCUCCACUCAUGGACAAGAGAGAGGGAGUGAAAUGGCUGAACACACACACACACACACACACACACACAUACACAAGGAGUGCGGCUAUUCAGAGUGUGGGAAAAGAACCUGCACCCCACUCGAACCAUGCAGUCUUUGGUCACUGGACACUUGAACACACCAAAGCUGAAGAUUUCUGAAGUUUGGAUGGAAAGCUCUCUUAAAGUUUUUUCUUUUUUUUUUCUUUUUUUUUUUUUUUAGAUAUACAAUCAUUCCUCUUUUUUGUGAUGCUACAAUCAGGCAUUGUGUAUUGCUGACUGGUUACAUUUCCAAGCAAUUAGGACAACACACACUUUACAUUCCCGAGUUACUCUGAGUCUCUCUCUCUCUCUCUGUCUCUCUCUCUCUCUCUCUCUCUCUCUCUCUCUCUCUCUCUCUUUUCUCAGUGAUAACACUGCAGUGUUUUAAAGUAAUUUCCAAUCCAUUUGGUUGCAGAAAUCAAAUUAUCUUUAACAUUUAAGUACGUGUACAUAUUCUUUUUUUUUUUUUUUUUUUUUGGUGGAGUCGGGUGUGUAUUGAUUAUAGACAGAUUAUAAUGUGAACUCUAUAAAUAUAGAGUGAAUUGUAAAUGUUUGUGGGGAUUCUACAUUUCUGCAGACUGUAUAUGUAACUGCUGAGUUUUAUAAACUCACAUUGGUUGUGUUUUGUAUACAUUCACCUUUUUUUGCAUAAUGAAAUAAAUCACUUGAAGAAAAUGAA